AUGUAUUUUCAAUUCUGCUACCGGUGCGCUAACUGCACCAAGACUUUCAAGACGAGCAAAUCUUUGCAGCGGCACGUCCGAGAAGAGUGCGGAAAAAAUCCCUUCGCGUGUCCUUGGUGUCCUAAUUUAUUUAACCUUAAGUGUAGCUUGAUAAGACACAUGAGACUUAAACAUGAUCAGGAUCUUAGAACUCGCAGAAACGACAAGUACCGCGUUAAAAUUCAAAGAAGACGAUGA